GGGGAACCAAAGAGACAGAAGCCUUCCCAGCUGCCCGGACCACAGACGCCAACACCCCCCGCCCCCCACCACACGCCGCCUUGCCCGCCCGCGCCCCGCACGCUAGCCCACGACCAAGAGGCGGCGGCAGCAGCAGGCUGCAGGCUGCGGUGACUCGCACCGGUGCGCUCCUGGCAGCGCUUGCUAUCCCAAGUGACUCGGACUGGCCCCGGGUCCCCGGCCCCAGCUCCCGCUCGCGCCACCCGCCCUCCUGUCCUUUCGCGCCUCUCUACCCCCCAGCUCGCGGGAAGGGAGGUCGCGGCAGCGGCCUGGAGGCACCGGCGACCGUGGCGACAGCGGCGAAAGUGGCGGCGGCGGUGGCGGCAGCGGCUGCGGCGGCGGCGGAGGCUGCGGCGGCGACCGUGGCGGAGGCUGUGGCGGAGGCCUCCGUAGCGGAGGCGGAAGCAGAGGUGGAGGCUGAGGUGGAGGCCGAGGCCUCAGUAGAGGAGGCAGUGGCGGAGGGCACCCGGGGGGAGGUGGCGGCCGCCCUGGCAGAGGGGAAGGAGGCGGGGGCUGCCCUGGCGGCAGUGGUUGUGGAGGCUAGCGCGGCUGAAGCUGCCUGCGCCGCCGCCGCCGCCGCCGCCGCCGCCACUGCAGCAGCAGCAGCAGCAGCAGCAGCAGCAGCAGCAGCAGCAGCAGCAGAGGCUGCGGCGCCCUCCUUGGGGGAGGCGGACGCGGAGGGGGACGCGGAGGCGGCGGCGGCGGCGGCGGCGGCGGCUGCAGCCGCGGAUGCGGAGACCAGCAGGGUCUCCGAGGGGAACCCAGACUUUCCUAUGGCGUCGCUGUACGUGGGCGACCUGCACCCUGAAGUGACAGAAGCAAUGCUCUACGAGAAGUUCAGCCCGGCCGGGCCCAUCCUUUCCAUCCGCAUUUGCAGGGACAAGAUCACCCGCCGCUCGUUGGGCUACGCGUACGUCAACUACCAGCAACCGGUGGACGCCAAGCGGGCCCUGGAAACCCUGAACUUUGAUGUCAUCAAGGGCAGGCCCGUGCGCAUCAUGUGGUCCCAGCGGGACCCCUCGCUCCGCAAGAGUGGGGUGGGCAACGUCUUCAUCAAGAACCUGGGCAAGACCAUCGACAACAAGGCGCUGUACAACAUCUUCUCGGCGUUUGGCAACAUCCUCUCCUGCAAAGUGGCCUGCGACGAAAAGGGGCCCAAGGGCUACGGGUUUGUGCACUUCCAGAAGCAGGAGUCCGCAGAGCGGGCCAUUGAUGCGAUGAAUGGCAUGUUCCUGAACUACCGCAAAAUUUUCGUUGGGAGAUUCAAGUCGCAUAAAGAACGAGAAGCCGAAAGGGGAGCCUGGGCCAGGCAGUCCACCAGUGCUGACGUCAAGGAUUUCGAGGAAGACACCGAUGAGGAAGCCACCUUGCGAUGAAGACAUGCCAGGAGCCAGUCAGCCAGCAGAGCCAAAUCUUGGCUCCCACCCGGUUUACAACUCCCCUCUUUGCCCCCUAACCCACCAGCAGUGUAUUGUAUUGUACUGGGAGUGCAGGUCUCUCUCCUCUCUCUCUCUCUCUCUCUCUCUCUCUCUCUCUCUCUCUCUCUCUUUCUCUCUCUCCCUCUCUCCUCUUCCCCCCCUCUUCCUCUCUUCCUCUUUCCUUUCAUCCCCUCCUCCUCCUCUUCCUCCCUCCUUCCUCUUCCUUCUGUCUUCCCCACCUCUCCCUUCCCCCCACACCCACCAAGGGCGUUGUGAAUAAUCUUGCUAAUCUGUGCCACUUGAUAGAUUAUAGGCUGCCUUUUCUCCUUGUGCUUUGGUUUAAAAAGCACUUCAUUCUCGCUUCCUUCACUACACGGGUGAUACAAUUUCAUGGUAGAAACAUCAGAAAGGAGAAGGAAAUCAGAUGAGGGAAAACCCAGAGAGUAAUUGUUCCCCAUGAUUCUACUACCCAGAGGCAACCACUUUUUCGUGUGCUGUUUUUCCAGGCUCUCCUCUCUCCCUCUUUCUCCCUCCCUCUCUUCCUCACUCCCCACCCCCACCUUCCCUUUUAACACACUGUUAUAGAAUGGUUCACGAGUGUGGUGUUUCUUAAUCUGCUUCUUCAGAAACUAAAGCCAAACAAAACACAACCCAUUGAACUUCUUUCCAUGUUAUUCAACAGGCUUCCUAAAUGUCGUCUUCAGUGCCUGCAGAGUGUAUCCAUGGAUCUUUAACUCUUCUGUAAUCAUUUCCGCAUUGUUGGACAUUCAGGUGGUGCCUAGUUCUUUCCUUGUGUUUAAACCCAACACUGCAUACUCUGACGAAUGAAUCCUUCCUUGUCAAGCCAAAUCUUCGCUAGCAUACUGGAUGGUCUUCUUAAUUGUGGACGUGCAGGAUCCACAAUAAAAUAUCCUUGCAGGAUAUUUUAGAGACUUUUCCUGUGUGUUGCCAAAUGGCCCCUUCAUAAGCAUUGUACUGAUUUGCAUUCAUGCCAGCCAGCACAGCUAGUAAAAACAGUAUGUCCAUUCCCCCUGCAUAGUCUCCUAGUCACUGUAAUUGAUGUGUGUGUGUGUGCUGGAGUGUGUGCGUUUUGGCCAGCUUGAUGGGCUGCAAAUGGUAUUUCACUGUUUUAGGUUAUUUUGCUGGAUUUAAAUGCUCUUUAUCACCCUCUUUUCCUUGUGCCCACUUACUGCCCUUUUGCCCACUGCCAGAAACAUCAUUCGGCUUUAUUGCAGGAAAAAAUUAAACUGCAGGCAACAGAAGAAAAUUAAUGUUCCCAUAAUGAAUCUUAAUGACCAUCCAUAUCUUCCUGAAAAAUUUCAACUAUAUGUCUGUAAUCAUCUCCAGAACUACCUGAAACAUUUUUGCCUGUACCUCUUUAGUAGUUUUUUGCAUUUAUGUCAUAUGUAUAUAAGAAUGUAUAUACAGUUUUUAUAUAUGCUUUUUCACACAAAAGUGUGUGUGUGUGUGUGUGUGUGUGUGUGUUUAUACACACACCUCUUAAUUUCAAUUCAUGUCAUUAAAGUUACUUUUAAAAAUAUUUCCUCGGGGCUCCUGGGUGGCUCAGUCAGUUAAGCGUCUGGCUCUUGAUUUCGGCUCAGGUCAUGAUCUAACAGUUCAUGAGUUUGAGCCCCACAUCUGUCUGUGUGCUGACAGAGCAGAGCCUGCCUGGGAAUCUCUCUCUCUCUCUGCCCCUCCUCCUCACUCUCUUCUCCUUCUCAAAAUAAACAAAUAAACUUAAAAUAAAACAUUUAAAAAGAUUUUAUCUGCCUCUUAAUAUUCCACUGAAUCAAUGCCUCAGUAGAUGAAUAGAUACAUUAGGCAUACCUACAUUUAUAUCCACGUCUGUAUGUCUGUGUUGGUGUGCAUGUGUGUACAUACAUUUUUAAUACUUCAUAAUGUUUGAACAUCUAGUUUGGUACUCGUUUUUCUUUAUCCCAAGUUGCCAAAUUCAUCACAGUGCACAAGUUUUGCUAACAUUCCAGAUAUUUUCCUGAAAAUAAAAACGUUGCUGAAAGAAACACUGAAUUGUCAAAGGAUAUGGGCUGACCUUGUAAGGUGAACCAGUAUUAUAACAGGACCUAGAUAUCUGUAUUUUUUCUGCUCUUGGUAUUGCAAUCAUUUCUGUAUUUCCCCAAUAUUUUAUCAGGGAAACAGUAGCAUUUGUUUUUAUUUAUGUUGAACAUUUUAAUACAAAUUGUACAUGAUUAUAAUAGAAAAUAUUUUUUCAAAAAUGUUAAUGUAACAUAAUAAAGUAAAAAUUCUAAUACCAUUCCUAAUACCACUACUUGACAACAUAGAUUCUUAAUAAAUAGAAAUCUACACACCUUUAUAAUACAAUAUGCACUUUUCCAUUGGAGGGUAUUUUCAUUAUAACAGUUUUCUGGGACAAUGUUUCUAAAUCAUUAAAUAUUCUCUUAAUUCUGUUGUUAAUGUAAUAUUUCAUCAUAAGGAUGAGCUAUAAUUUCUAUAACCAGUCUUCCUUGGGGUAUGUUUAAAAUGGUUCUGGGGCACCUGGGUAGCUCAGUUGGUUAAGCGUCUGACUUCAGCUUAGGUCAUGAUCUCACAGUUCGUGGGUUCGAGCCCCGCGUCGGGCUCUGUGCUGACAGCUGAGAGCCUGGAGCCUGCUUCAGAUUCCGUGUCUUCCUCUCUCUCUGCCCCUACCCAAUUCAUUCUCUCUCUCUCUCUUUCUCUCUCUCUC